GUGCGGCCCCUGCCAGAUGUGGGGGACAGCUACCCAGAGGCAUGUCCCCCGUCCAGCCCUGGCGUCCCAACCUGCUGCUGCUGCUGCUGCUGGCCUGCCAGCCGCAGGCCCUCUCUGCCCAGGUAAUGGACUUCUUGUUCGAGAAGUGGAAGCUCUACAGUGACCAGUGCCACCGCAACAUGAGCCUGCUGCCUCCCCCAAAUGACCUGGUCUGCAACAGGACCUUCGACAAGUACUCCUGCUGGCCAGACACCCCUCCCAAUACCACGGCCAACAUCUCCUGUCCCUGGUACCUGCCUUGGUAUCACAAAGUGCAGCACCGCCUGGUCUUCAAGAAGUGUGGGCCGGAUGGGCAGUGGGUGCGUGGGCCUCGGGGACAGCCAUGGCGCAACGCUUCCCAGUGCCAGAUGGAGGACGAGGAGCUCGAGGGCCAGAAGGAGGUCGCCAAGAUGUACAGCAGCUUCCAGGUGAUGUACACCGUGGGCUACUCCCUGUCCCUGGGGGCCCUGCUGCUCGCCCUGGCCAUCAUGCUGGGCCUCAGCAAACUCCACUGCACCCGCAACUACAUCCACGUGAACCUGUUUGCAUCCUUUGUGCUGAAGGCCAGCUCUGUGCUGGUCAUCGACUGGCUGCUGAAGACCCGUUACAGCCAGAAGAUCGGGGAUGACCUCAGUGUCAGCAUCUGGCUCAGCGAUGGGGCGGUGGCCGGCUGCCGUGUGGCCGCAGUGAUCAUGCAGUAUGGCGUGGUGGCCAACUACUGCUGGCUGCUGGUGGAGGGCGUGUACCUGCAUGGCCUGCUGGGCCUGGCCUCCUUCCCUGAGCGAAGCUUCUUCACCCUCUACCUGGGCAUUGGCUGGGGUGCGCCCCUGCUGUUCAUCAUCCCCUGGGCGGUGGCCAAGUGUCUGUUUGAGAACAUUCAGUGCUGGACCAGCAAUACCAACAUGGGCGUCUGGUGGAUCUUGCGAGCCCCGGUCUUCCUGGCCAUCCUGAUCAACUCCUUCAUCUUUGUCCGCGUGGUCCACCUUCUCAUCACCAAGCUUCAGGCCCGCCAGAUGCACUACGCUGACUACAAGUUCCGGCUGGCCAGAUCCACCCUGACCCUCAUCCCCCUGCUGGGGGUCCACGAAGUGGUCUUCGCCUUUGUGACCGAUGAGCAGGCUCAGGGGGCCCUGCGCUCCGCCAAGCUCUUCUUUGACCUCUUCCUCAGCUCCUUCCAGGGCCUGCUGGUGGCUGUCCUCUACUGCUUCCUCAGCAAAGAGGUACAGGCAGAGCUGCUGCAGCGCUGGCGGCGCUGGCACGAGGGCAGAGCGCUGCAGGACCCGCGACGCAGCAGCAGCCCCUCGGCCCCAGCUAGGCCUUGCCGUGGCCCCUCCUGCGAGAAGCUUCGACUUGUGAAGGGUGGCAGCAGCAAUGGGGCUGGCCAGGACCCCUCUGCAGAGACCUCCUUGGCCUGUGGCCUCCCUGAGUUGGAUGGGAGCCCCUUCUGA